AUGGUACCCAACACGUCGUAUUGUGACACGUCGCAUUGUCUUAAGCGGUACAGUGAGAGCGAGCAGCGGAAGAUUCAACGGUUGUUGUCAGAAGUUGAACUUGGUGAUAGACGCCCAACACAGUUGCUAACGGAGUUGACAGCGUUAGCUAAAGACAAGGUGAGCGAUGAGUUCCUUAAGUCUCUUUGGCUGAAGCGUUUGCCACCACAAGUGCGCGCUAUUCUGCAGGCAUCGAAUGUGGCACUAGCAGAACUGGCGAAAUUAGCAGACCGUAUUUGCGAGGCGGGUGAUUUUCAACAGAUAGCUGUAGCGUCAGCCUCUGAUUGUCCAGCCUAUUCUGAGAAUGCUGUGAUUUUACGAAGGCUUGAGCAAAUCGAACAGCGUCUGAGUCGUUUGGAUUUACGUCGUAUGGAUCGUGCUCGAGCUCCACUUGAGCAGCCUUACGAAGGUCCAUUUGAGGUGCUGAGUCGUAGUGAGAAGACGUCUGUUAUUGUUUGCCGUGGGAGAGAGGUGACUGUUUCGAAUGAUAGGUUGAAGGCGGCGUACUUAACGUGUGAUGAUCUUGAACAGGUUGUUCCAGAAACGCGUCAGCCUUCAGCGCUGUUGAAUGGUGAUCAGUUAGUGACUUCUGGUGAUUACGUUGCCAUUGAUGACACCUUCGUUAUGUUGGCCGCUUGGCGUCGCACACCAGCGAAGAUGCCGGUCGCUGAGCGCAUGGGCCAUAUGAUGUCUGAAGCUGCUGUUUCCAUAACAAUCACAUCAUUAACCGAUAUGAUUUCCUUCUCUAUUGGCAUCAUAAGUCCAUUCCGUUCCGUGCAGAUUUUCUGUACAUACUGUGGCUUUGCUGUCUGCUUCACUUUCCUAUGGCAUUGUACUUUCUUCGCUGCUUGCAUGGCCAUUUCUGGCUACCGCGAACACAGAAAUUUACAUGCAAUCUUCGGUUGCAAGGUCCAAGCGUUAUCUGUCGCUAUAAAAGAAAAACGCAAUUUUCUGUACAAAGCCAUAAUGGCUGGUGGCAUUAAUCAUGAUGAUCCAGACAAUCCAAUCGAUAACAAGGAUCACAUGUUCAUGGCUUUCUUCAAAGACAAUCUUGCUUCAGUCAUCAACAACAAAUGGUGCAAAAUGCUGAUAAUACUUAUAUUUGCGGCAUACUUAGGCGGUGCUUGCUAUGGGAUUACACAAAUCAAAGAAGGUUUGGAGCGCAGAAAACUAUCAUCUGCAGAUUCAUAUUCUGUAGAGUUUUUUGACCGAGAGGAUGAUUACUAUCGCGAAUUUCCCUAUAGAAUGCAAGUUAUAAUUACUGGUGACUUGAAUUACUCCGAUCCAAUGGUACAAUAUCAAAUUGAGGAAUUAACACGAAACUUGGAAAACACCUCAUAUGUUUUUUCUUCACUCUACACUGAAUCCUGGAUACGUUCAUUUUUAUCUUUUGUGGAUCGCAAUAAUGACUAUCUCAACUUAACCAUAGAGAGCGAACAAGAUUUUAUAGAUGCCGUCAAAGAGCAUUGGCUGUUUCCUGGUAAUCCAUUUUCGUUAGAUGUUAAAUUUAAUGAAAAUGACACACGCAUCAUAGCAUCCCGUUUUCUUAUACAAGCAGUCAACAUAACCGACACAAAUCAUGAAAAAGAAAUGGUACGCGAUUUGCGUAAGAUAUGCAAGGACUCACCGCUUAACGCAUCUAUUUUCCAUCCUUACUUCGUUUUCUUCGAUCAAUUCGAACUAGUGCGACCAACCUCACUACAAGCAAUGAUUAUAGGUGCAAUUAUAAUGAUGAUUAUAUCAUAUAUAUUUAUACCAAACAUUCUGUGCUCACUUUGGGUGGCCUUUUCUGUUAUAUCCAUUGAAUUGGGUGUAGCUGGUUAUAUGGCACUAUGGGAUAUUCGUGGACGUUUUGGACGUGUUAUUGUCAUACCAAAAGAUGGAAACGAUAAUAUGAUACGACGUGAGAUAUUUAAGGAGUUGCGACAACUGGACGAUAUAAUACAAAACGCCACAGUUCAUUUUGAAGGUGAUGCCUUCACGUACAAAGAUGCUUGUGCACGUUGGGAGAAUGAAUGCUUCUCAAACGAUAUCUUAAAUUUGGAUUUUAUCAUGGAUGAUAUUGAAUCUGGUGAAUUGAAUUUAACGUUUCCAUUAAUGUUCAAUCCAGUCACUUGGGAUGCGCAUGCGUUCCCGGUAUUCUUUGGUGGGACGAAAUUGACUGAGGAUAAUAUUAUCAUAAGUGUACCAGCCAUACAGUUGGUGUACUUCGUGGCAGCAGAUACAAAACGGCAAGAUGCAAAAGGUGCCGAAUGGGAGGAGACUUUCUUGACUGUGGUUGGUAAAGCUGAAGACUCGGGCAUGUUUAAGCAUAUAUCAGUAGCAUAUUUUGCGUCACGUACCUUAGAUCACGAAUUAGAGAAAAAUACAAAAACCGUAGUACCAUAUUUUGGUUCAACAUUUAUUCUGAUAUCCUUCUUCAGUAUACUUACUUGCAUGAUGGGUGAUGCAGUACGUUCAAAGCCCUGGUUAGGUAUGAUGGGUAAUAUUUCAGCUGUAAUGUCAACCUGUGCUGCAUUUGGAUUUGCUAUGUAUUUGGGAAUUGAAUUUAUUGGAAUUAAUUUAGCUGCACCAUUUCUUAUAAUAAGUAAGUAA